AUGGGAAACACAGUAACGCUACACAGUGCAUGCGAGUACGGAGACCUCGUAGAGGUACAUCGAUUGCUCAAAACAGCGACAGACGAGGAACUUGAAGCCACUGACGAUAACGGGAGGACGCCACUGAUUUUAGCCGUUGCUAGCUUGAAGCACCUGCGCGAGCAAUGGAAUUUAAGUGACGAAUUUGAUAAUCCGCAUGGUUUUAGCGACAGCGACGAGGAGAUUUCAGCCAUGACAAAGCAAUCUAAUAGCCAAGAGAGCAGCAACAGCGAGGCUGAGGAAACUGUAAGCGAGGUGAAGGAGGACGCUGAUCUGGAAUUUAUGCCUAAAGAAGCCGAGAUUCUUCAUUUGUUGCUCCAACGAAGAGUAAAUGUCGAUCAUCAAGAUGAAAAUGGAUGGACAGCGUUGCAUCAUGCAUGUUAUGUGCAGAAUGCAAUGGCUAUCAAGAUGCUGAUCCAUGCUGGGGCGAAACCCAUGAGAGAAAGUUACGGUUUGUUGCCGCAAGAUUUACUACAGAGAGGACACAUGUCCGAGUGGGUGGCACAAGCACAAGAGCUUAAAGAAACUUUAGAUGAGAUGACCGACAAAAGUACAUAUGCGAUAAAGCUAUUGGCAUUUCGACCAAGUGGUGUCGUACAGUUGGAUAUGGGUGGACAGGUCGAAAAGGGAUCGUUUGUUACAUUGGAGUACGACGUACCAGAGCAACAUUCUGUGAAAGAUUAUAUUCAAGUGCUUAUUUCCGAAGAAAACUCUACAGAGAUCAAGACAGGGUCGUAUCAUUAUGUGCCUGCUGGUGCACAUGGACAACUUACUAUUAGUACCAAGGACAUUCCACCGACCAGUACUGUUCGGUUUGUGUAUGUGAAGAGCGAUAUCAAUAAAAUGUCGAGGAAAGUAGUCGCUAGUGGCUGCAAUGCAGUGGUGCAGGCUUCAGUGGGUGAAAUUUUUCAAUAUGAAUUGUUUUUAUAUGAACGUGUGGUUGAGGUGGAGAGUAUUCCGGAAUUUGAAUUAACUGACCAGCCAUUAAUUGUGCUCAAACGAAUUGGCAUUGUCGUUGGUGACGACAUUGAUUGGGUUACGAUCCGUCCAGACAAUCACAUUGUCGCUGUGAAUGAUAUUCGUAUCGAUGAAAUGGAGUUUGCAGAGGCUGUGCACGUGCUGCAAGAAAAUAAUGGCCGACAAUGCACCAAGUUACUCAUGCAAAACUACUCAGCAUGCGGAGACUUCAUUCCGGAAAAGAUUUUGGGCGUUAAUGUUGUUGGCAAAUAUGCCUCUUUGCAUCCCGUCGACGAAGAUCAGGAGUUUGAAUGCGAUGAAAAGGCAUACGACGACUGGAUUCGGGAGAGCCCAGACAACGACGGUGGAGAAUAUGGUAAUUGUGGCUUUCGUGAAGAUGUGACCUCAUGUUUAUUGUCUAUUCCGCCACCGACUUCAAUAAUUCCAAUUGUGGAGGGAUGCGGUGUGGUCAGCAAAGUCUUUGCUGAUGACGAAAGCGAUAACCCAGUGAAUUUGGAUAGGGAUACAAAGAUUUCUACUUCUUCGACUAUAGAGACUGUCGUUCCGCUGCACAACCCCCUACUUGUGGCACAACUUCAGCAUGGCAUUUCCAUCAGCCACGCUAAUAGAUGA